AUGUACAUCACCCUUUACUACCUAGUCACCCGCCUCCCUGACUCCCUCUCUUCAGUCAGGGAUCACUUUCUCUCCCUUUGCCCCACCGAGCUGACUGUCGACCUGCUAGAGGAGCGCCUUGCUGCGGCUGAGAAGAGUAUCUUAGCUGUAGGUGCUUCUCGCGGCGACCGUCGCACCCCCUUCUUUGACGGGUGUUCCCCUGUCCCCCUUCUCCCCUCUGUUGCUUCUGCUGCUGCUGUCGACCUCGUUGGCACUGAGGAGGUCGGAGCUGCGUCUGCCCCUAGUGGGAGACGCCGCAACAGCAGGGGCAAGGGGAGCAAGGGUGGUGGAGGGGGCGGCGGGGGCAGCAGUGGCGGAGGUGGAGGAGGCGGGGGAGGUGGCGGUGGAGGUGGUCCUGGGAGUGGGGGUGUCAGUGGCGGCGGUGGAGGUAGUGGCGGCGGUGGAGGUAGUGGCGGCGGUGGCGGAGGUGGUGGAGGCAGCGGCAGCGGUGGUGGCGGUGGCGGUGGCGGUGGCGGUGCAUUGCGGCUGCUGCUCUAG